UGCAUUUCCUCUCUGAUGAAGACAUACAGCUGUAAGCACUGCUGAUACAAAGGCAAACAGUCGGCCUUUUCUGAACUGCUGCUGCUGACACCCACAUCGACUCCUCCUCCGGCUCCUCCCUCUCCUCUGCUUCAUCCUACUCCUCCACCUCCUCACCUCUUCCUCCCUCCUCUUACAUGUUGCUCAGUGCUGUGAUACAGGAUAAGGCUUCCGGCCGUGUGGGAAUUUCUCCUAAUAGUGGCUCACGGUUGAAUGUGCGUGUUGGUGAGGAUGUUAGUGCGUACAAGCAGCUUUAUCAGACGCAGAAAGCAGAAGGCAGGUAGGAGAAAAAAAAGUCAUUCAAUCAGUGCAGCCUCAAGGAUCGAAGAAGCUUUAUACUCCGCUUUCCUUGCCAGUGGAGUUGCUCAAACUUUGCAGAAAGAGUGAGAACAUGCUGCUUUCAUCGAUUUCGCAAAAGAUGUUGAGCUCACGAGUUUAUCUUCGGUGAAAAAGAAAAAGCUUUGAUGAGAUCUUCUCUUGAUUAUCACUUCUGAGGACCAGGAGCCGUUUCCAGUAAUUCACCCCUCUGUGAAAAAGGUCUGUACAGGACCAACGAGGCACCCAAGCUGGUCUGUCACAUGGACAUUGACACUGAACAGCUGUUGCGUUUCCCAUCUUGUCUCAGAAAGAGACUGGACCGUUUAGGAGCUAUACAGUACCACAUGACGAUGCUGAAAAACUUGUUUGCAUCAAAGUACCUCGUACUUAGCAACUGAUGAGGAUGAGAGACGGUGUGAUGACCUACCUGUAUUUGACAAGUGUGUUUUUCACCUCGUUGGAGAGAGGAGCACAGAGGGAAAAAAGUCAGCAAGAGGGAACAGGGGAGGGGAAGAGCGAGUCAGCAAGGGAAGGUGUGAAGCAAACGCUGUGAGAGGGAAACAGAGAGAAGACGUGCAGAGCUGAGAAAGACACAGGGAGAAGAAACUCUACCAGACUGAAGAAUGAGUAAAGGAAAAUCAGCAUAUCAAAGAGCUGGUGAAACGCCCAUUUAACGCUGGAGGAUCGUUUUGUCAGAGCUAUACAGAGAAAACUCUUAAUGGAGCUGCAAAAGGGCACCUCUCUCUGAUAACACAGACAGAUAACACAGCACCAUGGAUGUACAUCCUCCAAACAGCACUUUUGCCAACACAUCACAUGUCCAUGCGGCUCCCCACAGCCUUUGGGAGGUUAUAACCAUCGCUACAGUGUCGGCCAUUGUCAGCUUGAUAACUAUUGUUGGUAACGUGCUGGUGUUGCUGUCCUUCAAAGUCAACAGCCAGCUGAAGACUGUAAACAACUACUACCUACUGAGUUUGGCUUUCGCCGACCUCAUCAUAGGAGUGUUGUCCAUGAACUUAUACACCACAUACAUCCUGAUGGGUUACUGGUCCUUGGGAAACCUUGCAUGUGAUCUUUGGCUAGCAGUGGAUUAUGUAGCCAGCAAUGCUUCAGUUAUGAACUUACUCGUCAUCAGCUUUGACAGAUACUUCUCCAUUACAAGGCCGCUGACUUACAGGGCUAAAAGGACUCCAAAGAGAGCUGCCAUCAUGAUAGGCCUUGCAUGGCUGGUGUCUUUUGUCCUCUGGGCACCACCCAUUCUGUGCUGGCAGCACUUUGUAGGUGAGAGAAAAGUGCCUCUGGACCAGUGCCAGAUCCAGUUUUUAACAGAGCCUGUGAUCACAUUUGGGACGGCCAUUGCUGCUUUCUACAUCCCUGUCUCUGUUAUGACCAUCCUUUACUGUCGGAUCUACAAGGAGACGCAGAGACGGACCAAAGAUCUAGCAGAGCUGCAAGGGCUCGCAACAGAAAAUGUCCUAGAGGGCACUAAACCUCAGAAAACUAUCAUUCAUUCUUGCUUUCAUUUCACCAGAGAGAGGAGAGACCGGAGUCAGGCCUCCUGGUCCUCAUCUAACCAAAGUAAUGCCACUAAAACUACCAUUAGAUCAGAUGAGGCAUGGGCGAAAGCAGAUCAGAUCACUUCGUUUAACAGCUACACCUCAUCUGAAGAGGAGGAGCAUCAUGUUUCUAUAGAAACCCCACAGGGAUCUUUCAAAGAGCAAGGUAGUGGUAGUAAGAACGGGCAGGUGACUGAUUAUACAGAAGAUCAGUAUUUUUCCACUCCUCAAAAGAAGAAUAGUAAAAAGCACAUCUCUUAUAAGUUCAAACCUGGCUCAAAGGGUAAAAACGGCAACCCUACACCCUGCCUGCCUGAAGCAGAGCAGCCCACCAAAAACGCCUCCCCUUCCUCCUCCACCACCUCCAAACCCAUGGACCCCGUCCUGAAGAACCAGAUCACCAAGAGGAAGAGGAAUGUGCUGGUGAAGGAGAAGAAGGCGGCCCAGACUCUCAGUGCCAUCCUCCUGGCCUUCAUCCUCACAUGGACGCCAUACAACAUCAUGGUGCUCAUCUCCACUUUCUGUGCCGAGUGCAUCCCUACGUCCCUGUGGCACCUGGGCUACUGGCUGUGCUACGUCAACAGCACCAUCAACCCCAUGUGCUACGCCCUCUGCAACAAGACCUUUCAGAAGACCUUCCGCAUGCUUCUGCUCUGCCAGUGGAGGAGGAGGAGAGGCGAGGACAAGCUGUACUGGUGUGGACAAAACCCAAACGCCAACAAUAAAAUGACUUGAUGUGGAACUGCAAUAGUAGAGCAGACGUAUUGCUUUUGCCCACAUGUGGAUUUUCUUGAUAUAUAAUCUAGUCAGUGGUCAUCUUCAGCAUGAAGUGCUGCAUGUGAUUUUUGUGUUAAAGUACAUGUUGUUGGAAAAUGAGCUGAGCCUGAUGCAGAACUGCUGUUCCAGAUUAUUACAGAAAAAAAAAUCUCAUGAAGGUGGCUAAACAUUUUUACUAAGGUUAAAGGUUAAAGAAUGGGUUCAGAGUAUUUCAAGGCUAUCUUAAAGGGGAACUCCACUGAUUUUACACAUCAAAGUCUGUUUACAGGUAUUGGGAAGUGCUACUGCAUGUGUGAAAAAGGUGUAUUAAGCCUUUCGUGGCUCCAGAGGGAGCUGUGUGAAGUCU